GAAAUCAGAAUCCUUUUUCAUAUCUAUGUUUUAUAAUAUAUAUAUAUAUAUAGAAGAAGAACCAGGACAUGCUUUGUCCUUUUGGUCUUUGCUUUCCUCCAACUAUCUUUCUAUCACACUACAUAUACCUUUUUCUUUUCGCAAUAGUUCUUUAAUUAUUAUUUAUUUUCUUGAUAUGUCCUUUUGAUGUGCCCCAAAACCUCUUUAUUCCCUGCCACCUCUAAAGCCUCUCUUUUUCCUAGCUAUCAUGUACAUUGAAGCCAUCGAUCUCGCGAAAGGACUGCCAUUUUCCCUCCCCAAAAUACAUUAUAUCCGCCAUUAUUAAAAAAAAAAAAAAAAAUGGUUACUCAUCCAGCAUAAGUGUCCUGGGCAUACUCAUCUUCAAUCAAGGUCCAGCUAGCUAUGGCUUUGGUCGUCUUCAUAGAAAGAUAGAUAGAGAGGAGGGAAAGAUCAGGAGCAAGCAAAAUUAAUUGAUUAUUGUUUAAAAGAAGAAUCGCUAAUAUUAUAAUAAUAAAAAUAAUAUUAAUAUUAUGGCAGAGUUUGAGUAUGAGGAGCUGGUAAGGGCGACGGAGAACUUCGGUCCUUCAAAAAUCAUCGGCAAAGGAAGCCACGGAUGGGUCUUCAAAGGGAAGCUGAAAAACGACAGGUUGGUGGCGGUGAAGAAGCCCCUGCAUGAUUGUCAUGAAGCCCUUUACGACGACAAGAAUUCCAAGCUCGAAAACGAAAUAAAAGUGCUGUCUUAUUUAUCCCAAGCCCAAAACAGCCACCCUUAUAUUAUCAGCUUUCUGGGUAGCUCUCACCACCCAGCUGACAAGACCAAGAAGAAGCAGCUGCUUGUGAUGGAGCUCAUGCCCAACGGCUCUCUCCACGACCUUCUUCAUGAUAAAACUAGUACUAUCCCACCUCCAUCCUGGCCAAAACGUGUAGAGAUCGCCAGCCAAAUCGCCAGGGCAGUGCAGUCCCUUCAUGAAAGGCGUCCUUAUUGGGUUAUUCACAGAGACAUCAAAUCCGCAAAUGUUCUGUUCGACUCCAACUGGGACACCAAGUUGGCAGAUUUCGGGCUCGCUGUUUUGGCUGAAGAAACAACAACGGCGAGUCAACCCGCUGGGACAAUUGGGUAUUUGGAUCCUGGGUACACCACACCAACCAAACUCAGCACCAAAAACGACGUGUACAGCUUUGGGGUGGUGCUGUUGGAGAUCAUAAGUGGGAGCAAAGCCAUGGACGUUGGCAGAGCACCGGCUUCGAUAUCGGAAUGGGCAGUGGGAUUGAUCAAACAAGGACGAAUGGAAGAUAUCUGCGAUGCCAGAAUUUCAUUGCCGGGGCAUAUGGUGGCAACCAUUAGACACUUGCUUGUCGUGGCAGCCAGCUGCGUGUCCAUCAAGGAAGAUUGCCGUCCCUCCAUUGGAGAGGUUGUGUUCCUGCUGGGGAUGGAUAAUUGCCACUUUGAACCUGGAAUUCGCAAUCCCCUGUUAUGCUCAUCGUGGUCAUGGACGAGUCUUUUGCGGAGGCUUGUACUCACUAGAAGGCGCCGGAAAUUGGCCAAAACCUGGAGGAAUUAUAAAAUUUCUGCAAUUGGUAAUUAUUAAUUAGUAUUUUAUUUUUGGUAAAAGGAAGUGAGGGACUGAGCUAGGGAGAUGAUCAGUUUUUGAGUCGACUCGAUCGGGGAACUCGGCCGGGUCAGUGGAGGAUUGAUUGGAUUUGGAUUGGAUCCUUGGAGGUUCUUGUUUAAUUUAAUUAAUACAAAAACCAAUGAAACCAAGAAAAACUGUUGGGUGUUGGCCAUGAAUUCCAAACAGAAGAUUCCUAAAAAGUAGAUGGGAAUAGUAACAGGAAUAGUAAUACACCAUGCAUUUCAAAAUGCUUUUUCUUUCUUUCUUUCUUUCUUUCUUUCUUUCACGCCGCGUCAAUCCAUUUCAGUUGGGGUGACUCGUCACUUUUCUCUGUUUCUUCAUCAAUCAGUGCAUCCCUUCCCUUACUAACCACCCUCCAUUCUGUCCCAAUAUUGUAAAUGAAUAUGUUCCUAUUUUUUACUUUAAC